UACUUGAUCGCACCUCUUCUGGCGACACCCACUGCGCCGCCUUGCACUUUCCCGGCCUCUUCACGCGUCCUGUCGCCAUGGACCCAACACGCGCGUUUGAUCCUUCGAAGAUGAAGGCCGCCGCGGCGGAAUAUUCCUCGUCCGAGUCAGAAGACGACGAUGACGACUUCCUAAUGCCGUCAACAAAUCCCAACGCCGACGAAUUUGCCGAUUACAACCCCCGAAAGCGGAGAAGAACCGGUCGCGACGCAAAGGAGAGUGCAGCGCUUGGUAUAUUCGGCUCCGAGAGCGAAGACGACAGGCCAGGCCAGCGAUGGAAGAGGAAGACCCUCCGGAACAAAGGCAUGAGCUUUGUGUCGGCCAACGAUGCAAACAAGGACAGCGAAAACGACACCGCGGCAGGGGAUGAGGACGACCAAGAGGAGCCGGAAAGAGCCAGUUUCUUGCGAAUGAAUGGUGGCGACGAUGUGGACGACGAAGAGGCGGAGGAAGAAGAAACGACACCGGGAAUCGGACUGGGUUACGGCACAUCAGCUGGGUUGGGUCGCGGACGAGACCCGCCAUCGCAUCAACAACAAUAUCAACCACCAAAAAGGUCCUUCAACUUUGGGGGCACGGCUCAGCCUCUUGGGAUGGGUUUCACGCCCUCUUCUACAAACGAGCCUGUCCUCAAGGUCAACGACGACGCACCUAGCCGACCUAAAAAGGCGAUGCCCAGCGCCUUUUCCUCGAAAGGUGGCAAGACAAAAACUAACCCGAACUCAUUCGGUGCACGCAUGAUGGCAAAGAUGGGCUUUGUAGAAGGCAAAGGUCUGGGAAAGGAGGGACAGGGUCGAAACGUUGUUAUCGAAGCAAAUUUGCGCCCCCAGAAGGUUGGUCUCGGCGCCGUGAAAGAAAAGACAGCAUCCGAAAGGCAAGAAGAGAAGCGACAGGCAAGACUCCGAGGAGAAGUUGUGGUAGACUCAGACGAGGAGGAAAAGAAAAAGAAGGCAGAGCGCUCAAGGAAAUCCCGAGCAGGAGGCUUGAAGAGCGGCAGUGGAAGUGCAGCAAGUACCCCAAGACGCCAGAAACCAAAGUAUGCAACGAUCGAGGAGAUCAAGAAAGCAGCCCCUGGGCUCAAUAUACCAGCUGCAUUCACGCCCAUCUUGGAUCUCACUGGGCCAGGCAAGAAGAUGCUGACCUCGUCUUCUGGUCUGAUGACGCCUACUGCUGGAACGACAGAAGAAGACGGCGAUGCUAAUUCGAAGAAGUUGGUGCUACGAGCUCAAAACGAUUUCAUGGCCAUACUCGAGGAAUGGCAGGGCCUACAGGAGCGGAAAGCUUUCGCCGAAUUGCAACUACACCAGGAGAAGCAGGAGCUCGAAGAACUGGAGAAAGCAGUCGCGAGCCAACGAGCCACCGCGGCUAUUUUCGAAGAGUUAACGCACAUCGAAGAUGAGGACGAGGUGAUGAUCAGUGGGGUGGACCACACGAGGCAGGGAUGGGACCGAGUCAUAUCGUUGUUGCGCAAGGCAGACCAAUCGAUCUCUGAUCUCACGAUCCGUGAGGUCAGAGAUGAGAUGGCUUCUAUUGCAGUCGCGGCCAUCCAGCCCAUUAUGAAGGACAUGGUUGAGAACUGGAACCCCUUGGAUAAUGCGCGAGCCCAAUAUGCUCGUGACCUGGGCUCUAUCAAGGGGCUGCUUGGCUUCAACAAAUCCGCACCACUGCCUCAGAUGAGAUCUUCAGCAACACCUUAUGAGAGCAUGAUGUACAAGCUUUGGCUGCCUCGUGUCUCACGUGCGGUGCGGGAGUGGAAUGUGCGGGAUGCCGAACCACUAAUCGCCGUGUUUGAGGCCUGGCACAGCGUGCUCCCUGGAUUCCUCAAAACGCAAUUGCUGGAACAAGACAUCAUCAGGAGACUGGACGAGGCAAUCGCCAAAUGGGAGCCAAAGAGGAAGAAGCAACACAACCUGCCGCACCUUUGGCUGUUCCCCUGGUUCCAGUACCUCCCGGAGCACCACCUUGAUCCCAAGGCCUCAACAGGGCUUGUUGCAGACGUAAAGAGGAAGUUCCGGCAGCUCAUUGAUGUGUGGGAGUUCAAUCGUGGGGUCAUCCCGGGCCUGCGGGAAUGGCGCGAUAUCCUGCGCACCGACCGCACCGACCAGUGGACACCGCUCGUAUUGAACCACAUCCUGCCAAAUAUGGCGCGUUACAUUCGCAAGAACUUCGAGGUCAAUCCUUCGGACCAGCAGACUGACAUUCUAACCGCCGUUCUGGAUUGGCUAGAUCCCGUUUCGCCCACCAUGAUUGCCGAGGUCAUCGCCGCGGAGGUCUUCCCGAAGUGGCAUGAGAUUCUCUACCAAUGGCUGGUCAUGGAGACGGUCAAUUAUGAAGAUGUGGCGCAGUGGUGCGAGUGGUGGCAUGAUGAGGCUUUGGCGGGAAUCGACGACAUCCCCUCAAUAGCGUCAGAGUUCGAAAAGGGUCUCCACACGAUCGAGCACGCAUUAGAGCUGUUCGACUUGAAUCAGGACGCCUCAAUAGCGCUGCCUCCACCGGAACAUGGGCACGCCACCGCACGGCAAAAAGCCGCCAAAGCCAAUGGGCAUCCUCACCAUAAGCGAGAGCCACAGAGGGAGAAAAAGCAACAUGCCAGCCCGUUCGAACCGACCAAGAAGGAAUUGGAGCGGUCCUUCCGCCAUAUUGUGGAGGAUUGGUGCCAAGAAAACGACCUUCAAUUCAUGCCAGAGCGGAGAAAAGUGCACACCGAAGGGCCUCUGUACCGGAUCACCGCCCGAGGAGAUGGAAAGGGAGGUGCGCUGACAUACUUCAAAGGAGACAAGCUCUGCGUGGAGACCAAGAACGGUGUAGAGGAAUUCACGGGCGAGCCUGGUAGCAACGACUGGGACAGGCUCAUGACCUACGCGCUAUAGAUGUUCCGUCAUACACACCUAGGCAUGGAAAUUCGCAACCUGGCUCGUACAGCAUCAGAAUGUUAGAGGUACAGCACAGUGUCAUCCAUACUUGACCUCACGUUACUCUUAAUCUCAAUCACCUUACCGUG